CCGGGCUCGGAGGGCAGCAGGGCGCCCCAGACCCGACCCCCCGCCCCGCCGCGCCCUCCGCCGCACUUGUCCCACCGCGCGCCUCCCGGAGCGCCGCGCACCCCUGGGAUCCCGGUGCGCCCCGGGUGCCCAGCAUAACCCAAGACCCCUACGAACUCCGGGAGCUCGGUACUGCCUCCCAUCCAGAAACCCAGCGUACCCCGCCCCCCCGCCCGAACCCCAGCGCCGCGCCCCGGCACCCUCACGCGCCCCGGGAUCCCUGCGCGCUCGCAGAAUCCCGGGGCUUGGCCAACCGCGCUGCGCGCCCUGGAGAGGGGCCCCGCCCCGCCCCGAGGGUCCCCCUCUUCCAACAGACGGAGCCCCGCCCCAGAGGGACCCCCAGGUCCGAAAGGGACAGCCAGCCACGCCCCAGCAGGGCUCCCAGCAUCUCGCAGCUGGAGCCUCGCGCUCCAGAGGACCCUCGGUGCCCAGCUGGGGGCUCCCCGCCCUACUGAGGGGACGCCGCCCGGGAGGGUCCCCCCGCGCCUCGCGGGCCCCUGCAGGAUGCACGCCGCCCUGGCGGGGCCGCUGCUCGCUGCCCUGCUCGCCACCGCCCUCGCCCGCCCGCAGCCCCAGGACGGAGGACAGUGCCGGCCGCCCGGAUCGCAGCGGGAACUCAACUCCUUCCUGUGGACGAUUCGGCGCCAUCCUCCAGCCUAUCUGUUUGGCACCAUCCACGUCCCCUACACCCGAGUGUGGGACUUCAUCCCGGACAACUCCAAGGCAGCGUUCCAGGCCAGUGCCCGCGUCUACUUUGAGCUGGACCUGACUGACCCCUAUACCAUCUCGGCCCUGGCCAGCUGCCAGCUGCUGCCUCACGGGGAGAACCUGCAGGAUGUCCUGCCCCAUGAACUCUACUGGCGCCUGAAGCGCCACCUGGACUACGUGAAGCUGAUGAUGCCCUCGUGGAUGACACCUGCACAGCGCGGCAAGGGGCUGUACGCCGACUACCUAUUCAACGCCAUUGCAGGCAACUGGGAGCGCAAGAGGCCCGUGUGGGUGAUGCUCAUGGUGAACUCACUCACAGAGACGGACGUGCGCUCUCGUGGCGUGCCCGUGCUGGACCUCUACUUGGCCCAGCAGGCUGAGAAGAUGAAGAAGAGUACCGGGGCCGUGGAGCAGGUAGAGGAGCAAUGCCACCCGCUCAACGGGCUCAACUUCUCCCAGGUAUUGUUCGCCCUGAACCAGACCCUGCUGCAGCAUGAGAGUGUGCGUGCUGGGAGCCUGCAGGCCCCCUAUACCACAGAGGACCUCAUCAAGCACUACAACUGCGGGGACCUCAAUGCCGUCAUCUUCAAUCAUGACACGUCCCAGCUACCCAACUUUAUCAACACCACCCUCCCACCGCAUGAACAGGUGACGGCCCAGGAGAUUGACAGCUAUUUCCGCCAGGAGCUCAUCUACAAGAGGAACGAGCGCAUGGGGCGGAGGGUCAUGGCACUGCUUCAGGAGAACGAGGACAAGACCUGCUUCUUUGCCUUCGGAGCAGGUCACUUUCUUGGAAACAACACAGUCAUUGAUGUCCUUCGGCAGGCAGGGCUAGAGGUGGACCACACACCUGCUGGGCAAGCCAUCCACAGCCCUGCUGCCGGAAGCCCAGCACCCCUUCCUGAGGGGACCUCCACCAGCCCAGCCCCAGCAACCCCAGCCGUGGUCCCCACAGCACCAUUAGUGACCCCCACCACCCCACCUGAGGAGGAGGACCCAGCCCUCUCCCCACAUCUCCUGCUUCCAGACAGCCUCAGCCAGCUGGAGGAGUUUGGACGGCAGAAGAAAUGGCAUAAGAGGCAGAACAAGCAGCAGCGGCCACGGCAGUUCAAUGACCUCUGGGUCCGCAUCGAGGAAAGCACCACCAUCUCACCUCCUCCACUGCCUCUCCAGCCCACUCCAAGCGCUGAGACUGCCAAGCCCCUCUUCCAGUUCUCAGACCAGCUCCAAAAGCAGGCCUCUUUGGGGCCUGCCAGCAACUCAGCAUCUACCCUGGGCCUCCUCCCUGCCAUCACCGUAACCAUUGCUGCCCCCUUCUUGCUGCAUACCCUCGGGCCCUCCUGACCUCGGCCACCACUUCAGAGAAGCCAGAGAAACAAACCACAGCAGGUCUGCAGCCAUACCUACUGCCCCGGCUACCACCUUUUGGGGCACCUGACACCUCAAGGCAGUCCACACAGGACCAUUAGAACACUAGAGCUUUAUUGUAUCCAAAUUACAUCUUCUUUUUUGUAGAAGGUCUUAAUUUCCCAUAGUGCUAUGGGGCUCUUUUGUAAAAUAUGUGUCCAUAUUAAAAAAGAACAAUGUAUUUAUUGUACUGAUAAAACUAUUUUUAUGUGA